AUGAAAAAGGAAAGAAGAGACGUGGGCCAGACGAGAGGCGCGCGGAGCAAGACGCCCGAGGAGCUGUCCAGGGUGCUGACGCGCUGCCGUGUAACUGAACAGGUCUCACUUCUUCCAAUGCAGGGGCGCAGAAACUACGGGGCAGUCCAGCCUUGGACUCAGAAGGAGGUGAAAGAGGAGAACAUUCUGAAACAGGUAUUGCCUCUACUGGAGGAUGAAAAAGGAGAGAAAAGUGGAAUUUCAAUGCAAGCGUUUAGACCAUCAGGGCUGGCUGGAUUCUCUCCGAGGGCAGCCCCGAACCCAUGGCAGGUGCAGGGGGCAGUUUCCUGCAAUCCUCUUGCCAAAUACAACUCCCACACUGCUGCUUGUGGCUGUGAAGCCGCAUCAUUUAACUUGGAAGAAGAGGGAGAUGACCUGCAAGAUCUUCCAAGACCCAGGGGGCCCACUGAAGCGUGGGUUCUCGAAAACCCCGAAAAGGCCUUCUUACUGUCCGUUGGAAGGCUUGCCAAGGUGGCCAGCCCUCCUCCUCUCAGCCCAGGACUCGGUCUGUUCCUGGGCAGCGCUUUCGUCCAGAGAGGUCUCCACAGAACGUGGGCUCCGAAGCUGCCCAGGGCUCCUCCGAUUUACAGCCUACAGCCGGCGGCGGGGCCACGCCAAGGAGCUCGCGGUGGCCAGUGGGGCCGCGGGACAGAAUACAGCAGGCGGACAGAGGCCUCACCUGCCCUGCGCCGGCCCCGCUCCACCUGGCUCAGAAAAGGACAGGCCGCAAUCAAUGCACAGUCUCUGGAGACAAAGCCGCUGGCCGAGCUGCUGGCCACCCUGCAGGCCUCAUCGCAUGCCGCGGCCGAGGUGGACGUGGCGGUGGCCAAGCCAGACCUGAGCUCGGCGCUGAGGGAGAUCCGCGCGCAGUACGAGUCCCUGGCCGCCAAGAACCUGCAGUCCGCCGAGGAGUGGUACAAGUCCAAGUUCGCCAACCUGAACGAGCAGGCGGCGCGCAGCACCGAGGCCAUCCGAGCCAGCCGCGAGGAGAUCCACGAGUACCGGCGCCAGCUCCAAGCACGCACCAUCGAGAUCGAGGGCCUGCGCGGGGCCAACGAGUCACUGGAGAGGCAGAUCCUGGAGCUGGAGGAAAGGCACAGCGCCGAGGUGGCCGGCUACCAGGACAGCAUCGGGCAGCUGGAGAAUGACCUCAGGAGCACCAAGAGCGAGAUGGCACGCCACCUUCGGGAGUACCAGGACCUGCUCAACGUCAAAAUGGCGCUGGACAUCGAGAUCGCCGCCUACAGGAAGCUGCUGGAAGGUGAAGAGACGCGAUUCAGCACCAGUGGAUUAAGCAUUUCAGGGCUAAAUCCACUUCCCAACCCAAGUUAUCUGCUCCCUUCUAGAGUCCUCAGCUCUACCACCUCCAAAGUCUCGUCUACUGCGCUGUCACUUAAGAAAGAGGAGGAGGAGGAAGAGGCUUCUAAGGCAGCCUCUAAAAAAACCUCCCAGCUAGGAGAAAGUUUUGAAGAAAUAUCGGAGGAGACAGUAAUACCUACUAAGAAAGCCGAGAAGUCAAAUAUAGGAGAAAGCACCAUUGCAAACCAAAAAAUAUAAUUCUUUGCUUUAAAAAGUUAGUGCUUAAGAGAGAAUAAUAUGCAGUUGACUUGUUAAUCAGCCUAUUCCUGAACCUUAACACCUGUCACCACUAGAUAGUGUCUCCAGCCUUCAGUCCCAUAGCUAGCACUGAACACGUUCUCUGUUAGAGCACCAGCCCUUAGAUUGGAAUUCCCCGCAGUCCUGGAGCGUCAUGGAGGAGCCAUCUGAGUACACAGCUUUCUCUCCUCAGGCUCAGACUGCACAGCGGCAGGUGACUCAGGUGCAGAGGGAGUACGAGCUGAGGUGCUAAAUCGGCAGUUGCCGUCAUCUGCUGUGAGCCGGAGUGAAAACCUGUUUAUACUCUCUACCCAGCCAGUACCCAGCUGUAUAAUCUUACUCUAGAUGCUUAUGACAUAAACCACUGCCAACAGUGAGCCAGUGCUCCACGCUGACUGUACUCUGGUAGAAAGCAUAAGUGACAGGUGUUUGUUUAAUGGACAUUUUGCUUUCCACCCCCUCUGACUCCAUAUAUCCUUUUUCCACCCAGGAAAAAAAGAGACUAGUGUAGUAUUCUUCCCUUUUAAACAUAUUUAGGUUCUUUCCCGAAGAAAUCAGCCCUUUUGCUCUCUGCUCACUGGGAGAAAUUAGGUGCAUGCUGACUGCCCCCCGUGGCCAUAGUGGCGUAGCCCUGCCCGUCUGACGCCCAUUCACUUCUGUAGCUUUGAAAACUUGACACUGAUGAAUUUUAAGGGUUUUCCCCAACAAAUAAAAUAAUGAAAAGAAUCCUUAGAUUUUUAGGCUUUCUGCUUAUUCAAAUCCAUUUAGGUAGGAGGAAAAAAACUGUUAAGAACAUAGCCUUUCACCUUAACUUUAGAAGCACAGUGGCUCUUAUCCCGAACUUUAAUGAAGCUGUCCUUAGUGUAAGUUAGAAACGGUGAGUAUCUCUCUGGACAGAAAAGGCCAAGGUGUCGUGUGUGUCAGUCCCCGCGUGGUGGUAUAGGGUUAGCUCUCCGUGCCUCACCCUUAGAAUCACGUCGUCCCCUCCCAUAGGCUAGGCCUGCAGGGGCCUCACUUUUACCCUUCUAUGCCUUUCAAGAGUGCCAAGUGUCAGAUAUUUUAUCUCCAGGACACAAUGCUGCUGCCCAAAAGUGAAACCAUUUCUCGUCAAUCAAUACCACCAGCAAAUACAGAAAAUAAAUAUUUCUCUUUCCUACAAGAGUCUUUCCCAAUAGUGUCCCUAUGGCAGCAGUGGGCGGCAGCCCCAGAACGGUGUGCUUGUGUCCCUUCCCGCUCUCUGGGGAGUCACUGGGAGAGUUUGCCCCCGUCUGCCCACCUGUGUCGCAUCCGCCUUGCCUGCCUGCCUGGGUGCCAAGUUUCAGCAGGAUCUGCUCUCUGUCAGAGCUCACUGCUGCCAGGGAUAAAGAGCUGCCCUGCCCCUGUCCCUGUCCCGCCUCUUCAUUAUGAACUCCGUGGUGACAAGGACAUGAUGCUUUCACAGGACUUUCUUACCCUGGCACAUGCUUCAGUAGUUCAAGGAACUCCAAAGACACUUCACUCUUCCCUGCCCUUACCCAGUCCCUGUCUUCAGCCCUUACACUCAUUGUGACAUUAGCAAAAUAAGAAAUUAAAAGUCACACAAAUCUC